UUGAUGAUUGAAACCUAACCGCCGCCGCCAGCACCACCACGUCCGGGUCCAGGGCAUUCAGAGCCGAGAUGGCGUCCGCGUCGCCGUCGUGGGUCAUCCUGGGCCGCGUGGCCAAGGUGUCGGCCGCCGACGCCGAUCUUCCUCCGGGCGCCGACCUCUCCCUCGCGCUGCCGCCGCCGCCGCGCGUCGCGCUCCUCACCAUCCCCCCGCGCAUCUUCCCGGGCCAAACCACCUCCGACAACUUCCCCUCCGUCCUCGCCGUCGACCGCUCCGGCCUCCUCCUCCUCCACGCCUCCCAGGGCCCCGCCGCGGGCCCCGCCAUCGUCGACCUCCCCGGCCGCCAGGAGGUCUGCUGGCGCCCAUUCGUCGCGGGCUACUUCGUCCUCGACUCCAAAUCCGCCUCGGCCUUCCCGCUCCCCAACCCCGAGCGCAUCAUGAACCCGGGCCGCCUCGGCCUCAUCGCCUCCCCCGAGGGCGCAGGCCGCUACAUGGUCGCUGAGCUCCAGCCGGUCGCCGGCGGCGAGCAGGCCGACCUCCUCUGCUUCUCGUCGCAAUCCGGGCAGUGGGACAGGAAGACCGUCGCCUACCCGCUUCCAUCCCGCCCCUUGACCCCCAACGGCGUGGUCUCGCACUCCGGGAGGCUCUGGUGGGUCGACCUCUCCUGGGGCCUCAUCACCUGCGACCCCUUCGCGGACGCGCCUGUGCUGAGCUUCGUCCCACUCCCGCCGCGCAAGGCGCUCAAGUACGGGGUAGAUUGUGCAGUGCUCGACAAGUACCGCCGCGUCGCUGUCAGCCGCGGCAAGCUGCGGUUCGUGGACAUGUACAAGAACCGUAGCAGCUUCGGCUCUGCACAGAUCAGCGUGUGGACGCUCGCCGAUCCGGACUCCACCGAGUGGACGCUGGAGUAUGAAGCGACCUUUUCGGAGAUCUUUAAUGAUGCGAGCUUCAAGGCGACUCGUCUGACAAGGCAGCUCCCGGUGCUCGCGCUCAUCCAUCCCAGGGACCCCGACGUGGUCUACUUCUUCCUGGACAGGCACCUGUUCAGCGUCGACGUGCCUGACCGCAGGGUCGUGCAGUGCGAGCUUUACGAGCUGGUUGAGGAGCUAUCCAGCAAAAGCAUCGCCACCCGUUUCGUUCACGCUUGGAGGCUGCCACCGGCUCUCCGCUCAGCUGCGGAUGCCGUUGCGGAGAAGCUAAACGCAGGAGGAAAUCAAGAAAUCAUUGAUGCCGCUGCAGUCUCAACUUGCCAAACUGAAGUUGAAGUCGGUGGCGGCGACACGCCUGAGUCCAAGCGGCGUAGGCUAGAGUGACCUGAGCUUGUUGAGAUCUGUUCUUGUAGUCUCUCUGUUUCAAUAUCUUGUAGGCAUCACCUUCCCAGAAAAAAAAAACUUGUAGGCUUUGCUAGAGAGCUGGUAACCCCAGCAUGUUACCGGAUACCACCUUUUGUAUCCCUGAACUUGUUGAUCUUUUUUAGACCGGGCAUCAGCAGAGAUAUCUUUGUUCUGGUGUAUAAUCACCA